GAGGGGUUAGAGGAAGAGAGUUAAAGUGAAAUAGCAAGGAAAGAGAAAGACAGUGAGUGUUUAUUUGCUGAGGCAGAAGUGAUCACUUCCUCACCAUGUUAGGAGUGAGCCUCGGUCUGUUCCUCCUGCCCCUCUGUGCCAUGUCGAUGCUCUCGGGGUGGGUGGAGUCUCCAAGCUAUCCCCGUGGUUACCCACCUGAUGCCAGUCUGAACUGGAGCAGGUGUGCCCCUCACGGCCACACCCUCGCCCUCAGGCUGACACACCUGGACAUGGAGGACAGUCACGACUGCGAGAACGACGCCCUGGAGAUCUUUGCAGAUGGAAAGCAGAUAGCCCUUCAAUGUGGUGAAAUGUCGUUUGAGGACCUUGAUUCUACCGUCAAUCCCUCACUCCUUUCCUCUGUGGAGGGCUGCCUCUCUCUCUCGUUCCGCUCUGACUACUCCAACACCAAGAGACACACUGGUUUCAGAGGGUUCUACAUGCUGCAAGACUUUGAUGAGUGUGAGGAGGACCCAGAUAACGGGUGUACCCAGUUCUGCCACAACUACAUUGGAGGAUACCUCUGCUCCUGUCGCCUUGGUUACCACCUGGACACUGACGGACACACCUGCACAGUGAGUUGCACUGAGGACCUGUCCGGCUCGCUGCGUGGUGUGAUAUCCAGUCCCUCUCGGCCCGGCCCGUAUGCUGAGCAUGCCCACUGCUCCUACAUCCUGUCAGUAGAGGACAACCUGGAGCUGCUUCUACACUUCACUGGGGAGUUUGAUGUGGAGCAGGGGCCAGACGGACAGUGUGUGGACACACUCAUGGUUGAGACUUCCUCUGGGACUCAGGGGCCAUUCUGUGGCGGUGUGCCUCCCCCCCCUCCCCUCCGCACUGGGUCACACCACGCCCGCAUUCUCUUCAACUCUGAUGGACAGGGCUCCAACAAUGGCUUCACUAUCCACUACAAAACCACAACAAAGACCUGCCGAGGGAUUGUGACCUCCAACUCCACCCUGACCCCACAGCAACCUGAAUAUCACCAAGGUGACACAGUCACGGUGACCUGUGACCUCGGCAGUGUUCUGAACACAGGUGACAAAGAGUAUGAGUCGACAUGCCAGAGGACAGGCGAGUGGAGUCCUGUGUACCGCUGUGAACCUGUGGAUUGUGGAGAACCAGACACGUCUAGUGAUGAGGCCCUUCAACUGGUGGACAAGGAUCCAAGCACUCUGUUUCAUGAUGAGGUCCGGUUCAAGUGUGAAUCUAAAUACUACACACUGGAGGGAGACGAGAAGUACAUCUGUGAUGCCAGUGGUACGUGGACAUCGGUCAAGGGCCAAGAAAAGUUACCAAAGUGCAUCGAAGUGUGUGGGAAGACAGAAACAGAUAUUUCCAGCUUUGGAAGAAUUUUGGGGGGCAAACCGGCGAACAUGGGAGAGAUACCCUGGCAGCUUCUCACUAAACAGCCCCAAAGAGGAGGAGCAUCCCUGAUCAAUGACCGGUGGGCCAUCACAGCAGCUCAUGUAGUGGAUGGCUAUGAAGAAAGCACGCUUACAUUUUUCGGGGGGCUGAUAGAUGGGAAAAAAGCACAAGAAACUGAUCCUGAUGUGGUUGUCAUGGUAACAGAGAAUAUUAUCAUUCACCCUGACUACAUAAAGGGCAUACCUGGUAAUGAACGCACUAACUACGACAACGAUAUAGCUCUCAUCAGAAUGUCUUCCAGGGUGAAGUUAGGGCCCAAUGUCCUCCCCAUAUGCCUGCCUGAGGCUGAUGGAGGAUUCAAAGAGUUUCAGCACGGCACUGUUUCAGGGUGGGGUGGGACAGAGAAUAAAGAUAAUAACAAAAUGUUGUCUAAAAGCAGAUUCUUGCUUUACGCAUCUGUGGGAAGAUACCCCCAAAUGAAUUGUGAGGAAACACCUUUGUUGUCUAUUAAUAACAAGCCAAUGGUUUUCACUGAGAACAUGUUCUGUGCAGGGGGUGAUGGGUUAGAUAGCUGCAAGGGGGAUAGUGGGGGUCCAUUAUUUCUCCCUAAGCUGGGAUCAGGGAACAAGGACAACAGAGGGCCAUAUCAUCUGAGAGGCAUUGUGUCCUGGGGUUCCCUUUGUGAACUGGGAAAGGAAUCUAAAAAGGGUUACUACACCAAAGUGGAGAAUUACUUAGACUGGAUCAAGAUGACAAUAGAGAGAGAAGAGCAGGGUAAAAACAGUAAAGAAGACGGAGGGUCUGCGCGGGCGUCUGUCCACGGUGGCGGCUCUGGCGCGGGACGUGGACCCCACUCCAACAUAGACUUAGUCCGCUUUCUUAGCGUCCUUAGAGUGGCGACCCUCGCCGCCGACCUUGCCCUAAGAACCCUAACAGAGGGCCCCACUGGACUGAGGGGCAGCUCCGGACUGAGGUCCCCGGCUACUAGGAGUGCCGCCUCUGGGCUGCUGGGUGUGUCUGUGUGUGAGUUUUGGGUUCCAGUCUCUUCUGCAGUGAUUGGCUGUGGGGAACCUGAACCGUUGCCGAAUGGAAGGGUGACGUUCAUAUCUGGCUCUCAGAACCAGCACCUCUCAGUCAUUCAGUACCAAUGCAAUGCGCAGUUCUACAGUCUUCCUGAAGGACAUGACGGAAACUUCACAUGCUCAUCAGACGGAAAAUGGAAAGACCGCCUGAACAGCUCACUGAUUCCUCAAUGUAUCCCAGUGUGUGGUUGUCCUACAGUGAAACUUUCAGGAUUUGGAAGGAUUUUGGGGGGAAAUGCAGCUCCAGCUGGAUCCUUCCCCUGGCAGGUGUUGUUGACAGGUAAUGGUAGAGGAGGAGGGAUAGUGGUCGGCGACCGCUGGAUCAUGACUGCAGCACAUGUCCUGGAUCUAUAUCCCAGGGAAUUUCCUAGGGUAUAUGUUGGACACAACGAUGUGGAAAAGCUCAUCCAGUCUCCACCUCUUGAGGUCGCCUCUCUCCAUAUUCACCCUGAAUACAACAAUAUAGGUGAUGUAAACUACGACCAUGACAUCGCCCUGAUCCAUCUCAAACAUCCAAUCACAUUCAAUGCUCAUAUCAUGCCACUGUGUCUGCCAGCAAAGGACGCUAAAUAUCCGACUGGGCGGAAUGGCUUAAUUUCAGGAUUUGGCAACAAAGAGCUUGAUAUGGCUACCAAUAACCUCAUGUAUGUUCCUCUACCUGUGGUGAACCAGACAAUCUGUAGAAAAUCUAUUGAGAAUGUGAAAAAUGAAAGAAAUCUCAGUCUAACAGACAACAUGAUCUGUGCUGGGAAAUCUGAGGGAGGCAAAGACUCCUGUACGGGAGACAGUGGAGGAGCGUACAUCCUGAAGGAGGGUGAUUAUUUCUGGGCAGCAGGGAUCGUUAGCUGGGGGAUUGACUGUGGAAAGCCUGGACAAUAUGGGGUUUACACCCGUGUGGCUAACUACGUAGACUGGAUCAAGAAGACCAUAGAGGAGGAAGAGCAAAAAACAAUCUGUGGAAGACCCAUGGUGUCCAUAGAAAUACACCAAAGGAUUCUGGGAGGAGAUGUAGCUCCAAAAGGAACAUUUCCCUGGCAGAUGCUUCUCAGUGUGGAAGGAGGCCGAUCAGGAGGGAUGGUCAUCGGGGACAGGUGGAUCCUGACUGCUGCUCAUGGCCUGGUGCAUCAACAUAACAACCAAGUCAUCAAGAAGAGUGAAGUUAUGGCAUACGUUGGUGACAACAAUGUGGAAAACCUCCUUCAGUCUCCACCUCUUGAAGUGGCCUCUCUCCAUCCUCACCCUGGGUACAGUAACACAGACGGUUUAUCCUUCAACCACGACAUUGCCUUGAUCAAGCUUCAACACCCACUCACAUUCAGUAGUUCCAUCAUGCGAGUGUGUCUGCCUGCAAAGGAUGCUGAAUACUCCACUGGAAGAGUUGGCUGGGUUUCAGGGUUUGGCCUCAAAGAUGAUGAUGAAAAGCCCAGUAACCUCAGAUAUGUCCGGAUUCCCCUGGUGGACCAGGUGAAGUGCAGAAGCUCUAUUGACGAGGUGAGGAAGAAGAAGAGAGAAGCCCCUGAUUUGACAGACGGCAUGUUCUGUGCCGGGUUACCAGAGGGUGGAAAGGACACCUGUGCAGGGGAUGGUGGAGGGCCGUAUGUCCUGAAGUAUGGGGGAGUUUUCUGGGCAGCAGGGAUCGCCAGCUGGGGAAUUGACUGUGGAGAACCAGGCCAAUAUGGGGUCUACACCCGUGUAGCUAACUAUGUAGAAUGGAUCAAGAAGACUAUGGAGGAGAAUCGAAAUUAGGGCUGUAUAGAUUAUGCAAGAAAUGUUUGAGUUUGUCGAGGAUAGCAGCAAAUAUGCAAUAUUAUAAACACAAGAUAUGUUUUUUUUUAUUGUAUUAAGGGUUUUCUGUAACUGGAGCAUAUUAAAUACAUGUUAAGUCUG